UAGUAGUCGUGUUACAAACGUUGCCGGGCUCAGUCGGAAACCAGCUGCCGAGUAAUGAGCAGUGCGGGAAGGUGAUAGCGAGAGUGGCCAAAUGUGUUAGCCGAAGGAUUUUAAAUGCGCAUCCGAGCCCAAUUACCGCUUAAUGCGAGAGGCUUUGCGAUAGCGACCAAUUCAAAUUUAAACAUCGCGGGUUUUUUAUGGUUAAUACCCACUAAUUCCCGGUUGUAAUUCUACUUUUGUUACUUUUUAAAUUUCAAAUACCUUCGAGAGGGAAAUAAAAAGACAAGCGCGGAGAAGAGCCUUCACCGCUUUUCGACGCUUUGUCCGGUUGAGUUUGAAAGGGUUGAAAAAAAAUAAAUAAACAGUCAAGAGGAAGGAGACAAAGAAGAGAAGGGGUUAAGAAGAGGAAGAUUUUUACAGAAGAGUUGACAGAAAAAUAAUAAUUAUAUUUAAAUAAUUACUCGAGGAGUGCAGUGUCAAAGUCUGUGAUAGUAUUUAUUGAAAAAGAUUUAAAAUAUUAAAGCUCGACUCAUAAUAAAAACAUCCAUCUUCAUUGUAUUUGAGUCGGCUCCGCUCAAAGUACAUCAGUUGACCGGAUAAAUAAUAGGCUUUAUAUAUUUAUUUAUAUCUGUGAUACACUGAUAUACAUCGGUCCGAAACCCGCUGAUUGCUGAUUGUCUUCGUUUUCGACCAAGUUUCAAAAUAUCAGCAACUGACGGUCAGUCUGCUCUAUAAAUUAUUUAUUUGAAACGCGACUGCUCUUUUGAAUUCAGAAGGUACGUUAACGUUUUCAAAUAUAUAUAUUUUUUCGAAAAAAACACGUAGAGUUUGUCAUCAUCAUCUCUAUCAUCGAAUAAACCAACUCUACUUUUCGAUAUUCUUGUAGAAAAAAAAAUAAAUAACAAGACGUUGCUACAAUUAUUGUCGGGACACUCGAUUGUUGAUAUAUCAGUGAUUAAAAAUAUAAAAUAUAUAGUGUGUAGGUGUUUUUGUAUAUACGACUGACUCUUUUUUACAAUUAUUGAUAUUGGUGCGUGAUAAUAUUGAGAAUAACGACAGGACAGCCAAAUAAAUUUUUAAAUUUAUAUAUAUAACUAUAAAAUUUAAAUAAACAUUAGUUUGCAUUGUUUCGUAUUUUUCAACAAAUUGUCGUUACACGUUUGAGAGUUGUAUAUCAAGCUGACAAAUAUAUAAAAUAUAUAUAUUGUUGGUAAUAUUAUUAUUAAAAUGGUGGAGAAAAUAUUGGAAGAGCGGGAGGAUGGCCGUCCAGACGCCGGAAGAGUUGACGGAAAUCGCAGGGAUGUGGCUUCAACAGGAGAACCACUAAGUUCAGUCCAUGCAAGACAGGAAGAAGCUAGACGCAGACGACGUAGGAAGAAUCGUUCAGGCUCGUCUUUGGUCUCGUCAUGCUUCCAAGAACUGUACAAGCUGACUGGAGAAGUGCUGGGUGAGGGAGCGUACGCUUCAGUGCAGACUUGCACGUCCCUGUACACAGAUCUGGAGUACGCAGUUAAAAUAAUCGACAAGAUCCCUGGACAUGCUCGUACCAGAGUUUUCAAGGAGGUCGAGACUUUCCAUCAUUGCCAGGGUCAUCCGAACAUAAUCCAGCUGAUCGAGUUCUUUGAGGACGACGAGCGUUUCUAUCUUGUCUUCGAGAAAAUAAACGGAGGGCAAUUGCUAAGAAGAAUUCAAGAACGCGUGCACUUCAGCGAGAGAGAGGCCAGUCAAAUUGUCAAGGAGAUCGCUGGAGCACUUAAUUUCCUCCAUAAAAAAGGUAUCGCACAUAGAGACUUGAAGCCGGAAAACAUUCUCUGCGUCCAUCCAGACCAACUGACACCGAUAAAAGUCUGCGACUUUGAUCUUGGAUCUGGUAUUAAAUUUAACAAUUCACAAAGUCCACUUGCAACACCACAACUACUAACACCAGUUGGCAGCGCGGAGUUUAUGGCACCAGAAGUUGUUGAAGCCUUUAUUGGCGAGUCAAAUUAUUAUGACAAACGUUGUGAUUUGUGGAGUCUUGGCGUCAUAAUGUACAUUUUAUUGUGCGGAUACCCACCGUUUUAUGGUAACUGCGGUACUGAAUGCGGAUGGGAGAGAGGAGAAAAUUGUCAGGCGUGUCAAGAGUUAUUGUUCACCAGCAUCCAGCAAGGAGAUUACGAUUUUCCAGCCAGAGAAUGGAAAGACAUUUCUGAGGAUGCCAAGGACCUUAUCCGCGGUCUGCUUGUUAAAGAUGCGCACCAGAGAUUGAGUGCUGAGUGUGUUCUCAAUCAUCCAUGGAUAAAUCCGGGUCCCACUAUCACUGUUGCUGGCAACAGGCCACUUAUUACUCCUGAGAUAAUAAGAAGGAACAAUUCCGCCCGUGAACUUUCAGCAUUCGCCGAGUCAGCAAUGGCAGUCAAUCGUGUAGUGUAUCAACACUUUUCAGUGAACCAUCUUGAAGAUCUUGCUGAAAAUUGUGAGCCGAGACUUUCAACAUCUUCAACAGAUGAUGAAAAUCAUCCUUACGGCCACAUGUCAGACACCAGCAGCGAAGGUUCGGAGCCCAGCAAGCACUGCGUUGCCCACUCUUCCAGUGAAUUUGAUACUAAUUCACGUCGCAAGUCAUGCUCCAUGUAUUCAAUUCUCGAACACAGUGACUCCAAGUUCAUCAGUGAUAAUCGUAUCAACGGCAAAGACUCGCUGACUCAUCUCUACGGUCUAUCGCCUCCAAGUGAGAGUAAAUUGAUGCAGCGCCGCAUAAAAGCACGUUCUAAUCUUCUCGAACGCCGUAAUCCAGCGAUCGUCGCAUCACCAAGUGGCUGAAAAAGUAUCAUCUUUACUCACCGUACAAAAAUCUCCUUUCUCGCCGUAAACUACUACUAUAAAUUACUAUUACAAUCUGUUGAUUAUAGUAAUACCAUUGACAGUACAUUUAAAACAAAUAAAUAACUAAAAUUUUAAAUAAAUGCCAUAUUUUGUCUGUCGAUGUCAGAUCAGUCAAGAGAUUAACCAACAGUUUAAUGUUUAGUAAUUGCGUAUGCAUUAUUAGUAUCGGCAACAACAACGAAAUAAAUAACACACUUAUUAUUUCGCCCAAAGUCAUUUAUUGUAAUUAUUGACAGCAAUCUCUUGAAUUUUUAUGCGCACGAAAACACUUUCCUUUUAUUUUAUUUUUUCUCAACUCAUUAUUUUGAUCCCAUUGUUCGAGCGCGAUAAUUAACAUGUAAUUUAAUGUAGGAAUUAUUUCAUUGCUGUAAAAAAAAUUAAUUGGACAAUUACCCCCACACACACCGCGAUCUUAGCGAGUGCAAGACAACAAUAACAGAUGGUAUUUAUGUAGUUAUUAUUAUUAUUUUUUGUUUUUAUUUUGACGAUGUAAUUUUUGAUCAACGCAUGUGUCAUCAUGGCCACGUAUUUGAAUUUAUUUUAUUUAUUACUGUGUACGUUAUUAAUUUUUGUUUUUAUUACGACUCGCGCUUAGAUUUUAAAUGACAGAUAUUUAAAAAAAUUAAAAUAAUGGAAAGUUUUAUUGUGUCGCUAUAAAAAUAUAAACAAGUGUCAAUGCUUUUUUUUUUAUUUUUAUGAUAAAUAGACUGAGGGCAAUUUUUCAUAUCGGUUUUUUAAAAAAUUCAUUAAAAAUGUCUCAAGUAUCGCGUAGGAUUGUAGUCUAUAAGAUUUAUCUCAAUAAGUGAAGAAGAAAAAAAGAAAAAAGAAAAAAAAAUUUUGUUAAAGUAGUACCUGUAUUGUGUGCGAAUAAGGCGGCAGGACAUUUUAAAAUUAAUAUAAAGAGUAUACGCGCGAGGGGGAGAGGAGAAAUGAAAAGUGAAAAUAAAAGUUUGUAAUUAGAGUAUAAGCGAAAAAAAAAAUUAUAAAACAAAAAAAAAAAAAUACGAUCACAUUGAUCGAAUAAUUAGCUUUAUGUAUAAAAGUAUAAAUUUAAGAAUUAUCAUAUAUUUUAUCAUCGAUCCCACCGCCUACUGAUUGGCAGUAAAACGAAAAAAAAAAAAUAAUUCAGUUGAUAAUAAUAAAAAAUAAAAAAAAAAUUUAUUAUUUUAUUUCAGCCACGUUCCACGCAUAUUUUCAUAUUUUUUCAGUAUUUAUAUAUCAUUAUUUUUCAAAGUCCAUUAGUGUAAAUUAUUGGAUUUAUGAAAAUUAUAAACGUGGAAUUGUAAUUUUUUUUUUUCGUAAAAUUUAAUAAAAAUAACUAAAAGAUCGCUCUAUAAAAUUUUACUUUGAGUAAAAUAUUAAUGCGACAGAUCUCGCAAUUAUCGUUUUUUUUUUUUGUUUCCUCGACAUUUAUAUUUUUUGUUUUAAUUACGAUAUAAUACAAUGUCUAUCUCAAGUGUUUUCCUUUAAACGUAGAGGUGGAAAUAAAUUUUUUUACUCAGGGCAGACGAGGGAACGUUUAAAAAUAGUGUCUACAGCUGGCCACAUUGAUCGUGUGAACGAAAAUAAAGAAAAAAAAAAAAAAAAAAAUGGUCGAUGCUACAAAACAAACAUAUUAUUACUAUUAUUAUUAUUACUAUUAUUCAUAAAACAAUUAUUUAAAAAUUUCAUACACUACAUAAUUACACUCAUGUUACAGAAAUACAUUCAUACAGUUAUACAUUACUCACAUAUUAUUAACUGACAAAGAGAGAGAGAAGUAAAAAUAAAGAGUACGUGUGAAUAAAAGACCCGCGCAUUAAUUAUCGGUCUGAUCAAGUCUCAUUACAUAAAUAUGUAUGUCUCAGUGCCCAGCUCUUCCGCCGAACACGAUAUGAGACCUCAAAAUCACCAUCGUCGUGUAAUAUAAUCUUAGUUGCGUAGAAGUUUUUUUCCAUUAGAUUCGCUGACAGAAAUUGUAACGGAUUUUGAAAAAUGCAUUUUUUUUAAUUAAAAAAAAAAAAAGUCAAGGCAUUAAUUGUCAUCAGCUUGACACGUUGAUCUGUUUCAGUUGCUCUGUUUAGUGAUGAAAAAAAAAAUGUACUUGAUUCUGUGUAGAAUGAGAAGAAUGAAAUGUAAAGAUAAAUAUGACUCGAGGUAUGAGAAAUAAAAUAUCAGAGUAGACUCAGCGAUCAGUGGAUUCUGUUAAUUUAAAAAGACCUGGAUUUUAAAAAUCUUUAUUUAAUCACACUGUGAUUGAAGAGACCACUGAUUGGUUGCAAAUGAUGACAUCAGUUUUAAUAUUUUUCUCACCUCCGGGCGGAAAGCGUCAACUUUCGUCCCGCUGUGCAAAACGAAGUUGCCGCUUUCCGCCUCCGUCGAGGAGAAAAAUAGUAUACACUCCUCGGGAAGUAAAUAAGAAAGCCUCAGAUCACAUGUUUGUUGACCUCGGCUUCGCCUCGGCCAACAAUUACAUGUGAUCUGAGACAUUUCUUACUUUACUUCCCUAGGUGUGUAAAAUACUAUUGUAAAUUGCAAAACAAUAUUAAUAACAAUCAUCGAUACAAAUUGUCAAUCGAGUCUGACUCAUUUAGCUCGUAGUUUAUUUAUAUAAAUUUUUGAAGAAUAAAAAAAAAAUUUGAAAAUUUUUUCCACGCGUCAGUUGUCAGUACAAACAUACGGGCAAAAUUUAUAACCAACUCCGUGAUUGUAAUUAAUUACUCACGGAGGCAAAGCUUCCUCUGUAAGUGAAAAAAAAGAAAAAUGAAUAAAAAAACAAAAAAAAUAAUAAUAAUAAAAAAUAAAUAAAAAAAAUUGUAGGUUUAAUCAGCGUGUAAUGAUGUGUGUGUCAGUAUGUGAAUGAAUGUCAAGCUAAUGUUUUAUGAAAAAUAAAAAAAGUGAUGCGUAAAAUCGUACUAAAUGGCCAUAAAAAAUUUGAAUGAAAAUUUAUUAUUAAAAAAAAAUGUAAUGUAUGUGAGAUACUUUAUUGUAUAGCGAGCUUGGUUUUUUCCGAAGGUACCAGCGAUAUAUUGACGUCAAAACUAUUUGCUACUUUAGUUUUUUUCAUUUAUAAACAAUUGACCUAUACAACAAACAAAGAAACAAAAAAUAAAAUAAUUAUUUUCAUUAAUAAUUUUUGUUAAAUUUAUUGUUUUAUGGUUUUUAUGUCUUGUGUUUUGUCGUGAUUGAGAGUUUGUACGCGCGAACUAACGAGCUACACAUGAAAAAAAAUAUCAAUUAUUAAUAAGGAAAAAAAUUGAGUUUUUUUCUUUUUUUUUUAAUCUACUGUUCAUGAAUUUGUAAGAACAGAGUGAGAUGCAGUGAAUUUGAUAAAAAAGUGAUAACCAAAUACUUGAUGAUUAUGAUUACAAAUUUAAAAAAAAAUAUAAAUAUAUAUAUAUACUAAAAUAUAUUUGUUUCGCCAUGAUAAUGUACACAUCGAGUAUAAAAUACGCGAUAGGCGAGAGAUAAAUUUUCGUUACUUUUUUAAUGAAUUAUAAAAAAACAUAAAAUAAAUUCUAAUAUGAGGACGAGAGGAGAAAAAAAUAAAUGAGUAAUUUUACAAGUUAAAAUUAUUUUCUAAAAAAAUUUAAAAUAAAGACAACUUUUGUUUUAUAUUA